CUCUCUUGACAUACAAUCCAGGCCUCCAGGUCAGCCCUGAGAUUCAUCCUGUACGCUAUCUGGAAAGAGCGGAAAACAGCUCCCAAACCAGCCAAAUAUCGGUCGCACUCGUCGUCGAUUGUGAGUCGAGGUUGAACCCUUUUCCGCGAUGCGUCAUCAACAAUCCGAUGAUUCGCUACUACUGCCUUCUGAGUGGCUACUUGCGUAGGAUAACAAGCCCAGAGAAAUAUUCCCGAGAUCGAUUUGGACAAACCCGCCGGACUGGAGCAUCCCAAACAAUCAUCAGCACCAGCACAGGAACACCCUCGCACGAGUCGACCAUCAAGAAGAAAAGGGUCUUACCCCAACGCUUUCUCUAAAUUAACCCGACUACCCGUCAUACUUGAACUCGAGUGAAAUUCCGACGUUGACCACCAUGUCAGCCGCCAAAGCUCGUCAAGAACGGAUGUUAGAAGAGGUCCUGAGAUUGCCGGGGAACAAUAGAUGUGCGGAUUGCAAGGCUCCUUCGCCUAGGUGGGCUAGUAUCAGUCUCGGCGUCUUUCUCUGCGUACAAUGCGCUUCCGUGCACCGCAAGUUGGGCACGCAUAAUUCUAGGGUGAAGAGCGUGACUAUGGAUGACUGGUCAAAGGAUAUGAUCGAGAACAUGCGCAACAUGGGCAACACCAAGGCCAACUCGAUCUACAACCCGGACGAAUCCCGCCACCCGCCUCCUACCAACACGUCCGAGUUCAACGACAGGGAUAGCGAGCUGGAAAAAUUCAUUCGUCGGAAAUACGUCGAAGGUCGGUUCAAGCCCUCUGCAGCUGGGUACGCCGAAGAGGUUUCCCGACCCAGGGCGAGCUCGAUUCGAGCCAAUGGGACGGGCACGUCGUCGACAGGGUCGUUCCAACGUCAAAGUCCCAAUCCCGAGUUGAACGAUAUCGUCGUCCCGCGGACCCGAACGCCUGGAGUGGGAUCUGCAGAGGAGACGCGCCCUCCGAUCUUUGCGACGCGUUCUUCCGGAACCGGGGUCGGUGUGAGAGACUCUCCUGGACGAUCUCGACCUCGUCCGACCCAUUCGGCGACUCUAGAGAUCCCGGUCUUGUCCCACGAAGAAUCUUCCGCCUAUUCCCUCAACAACCCUUCAGGCUCGGGUAGACCGGGAUCGUCUUCCGGGUCCCGACCCGGGUCGUUCCUCUCUACGGCAGGUAGAGGGGCGACGAAGAACAUGGUACAGGACAAUUGGAACGACCUGAUGAUGGCUUCUUCGGCGGACGAGACGCAGACGGGUCCGGGAGGGAGGAGGUCGCCGAACCCUUUUGCCAGGGCUAGUUCGGCAAAUGCAGGCAGGUCGACGGCGGUACGUCCAGAGUCGAGCCGACAGGCGGUCGCACCGGCUUUGGAGGCGCGGUAUGGGGAGCACAAGGCGCAGGGGGCGAGCGGAGGAGCGUUCGGAGAUCUGUUGGGGAUAGGAGCUGGGUCGACAUCGGGUUCGAACGGUUCGGGCCACACUGGUCAGUCGACGUCCACACCAUCGUAUGUUGGCCAUCACCAUCAGCAGCCACAGCAGCCGACGAUGCAACAGGGUUAUGCGACACCCAUAAGUCAACCCUUUACGGGCGGGAUGGUCAACGGUUCCACGUCUACACAGUUCUCAUCAAACGGGAUGAACGGGAAUAUCGGAAUGGGUAUGGGGAUGGGCAUGCCGACACACAAUAACAUGCAAUUUUCCAACGGCAUGCAGAUGAACCCGAACAUGAAUCAGGGCAUUAGCAUGGGAAUGGGUCUGACAUCGCCGUUCCCGCUCGCAGCGACUAGCCCGUAUUCGAGCUUCUCGAACGGGAACGGAGGGUACUUUCCUCAACAACCACAAUCACAAGGACAAGCGCAGAUGCAGCAGCAACAAUUACAACCGCAAUAUGCGCCUCCCGGGCAGCUGUACCAACAGCCGCAGUCCCAAUUCCCACAGCAAGGGUACCCGCAUAUGCAGAUCCCAAUGCAGAUGCAAAUGCAAGGAUACGGACAAGCUCAGGGGCAAUCGAUGUCGAUGCAGGGGAACCAGAUGGGGAUGAUGAUUCCUCCCGGUUGGGGUGGCGCAGCGGCUUCUCGAUGAGAUGGACGGCGCGCCUUUUGCUGUGGUCAUCACUGGCCCGCUGUUGCACUGUGGUCGAGUUUGGAGGCUCUUGUCGUUGUAGCGUAAUGCUAGAAGCGACAUGUCGGAUGAUGAAUCAUCGAGUUUCUUUCGUAGA